ACAGUUUAGUGUUCACACAUGUUUACACUUUACAGUUUAUUGUUUACUGUUUUGGUGGAAGUUUAGAGAUUUUUCGUUAAAAUCUUGAAUUACAGAAUAAAAUAUAUGUACUUUGUGGUAUAAAAGGCGACCGCGAUUCUUUGACCUUCUAAAUAUUUAUUGUUAUGGUAGUGUUUACGUUUACCGGCUUAGUGUUACUUUUGAAAAUUUAACUUAACAUUUUGAGCUUCGAUUUCUAGUAUCGAGAAGUACAUCUUUCUAACUAUUGGUUUGCAAUAAUAUAAAAGCAGAAUUAGCAAUAUGAAAGUGUUUUCAAUUCAUGAUAUACCGGAUUUUUCUAACAAGGGCCAUAUAGUCGUAGUGGGGAUUGUAGGAAAAUCUCCUCAAAAUUAUCCAAAUAAAACAUCGCCGCUAUUAUCUUCAGUGGCUUGCGAAGAUAAUGGAAUUGAAUGCCACUGGGAUGAAAGAAAAAGUAUUCUUUAUCUACAUGCUAUUACAUAUUUGGAUACAAACAGAUUAUUGCAGCUGGCUACAAACCUAGAUGAACAAUCUAAAAGUUCUGUUCCUGAUGCGGAUGCUGCACAUUGGCUUGUGGCGUCAGGAGAAUUAGCUGUGGAUGCUUGUAAAACAAUGGCGCUGCUGUUCCACCUGUGCCAUAUUGUUAUACUGUCAUCUCCAACAUCUGUGUUUGACAUGGGAUACUUGCAAUUGUUUAAAGCAAUUGAUGCUUAUAGAAACGAAUUAACAGGUCAGACUACAACAGCUCUAUUGGAUGCAGGACUGAGCGGCUCUUGGGAGACACACGGCCGGACCUGUUGUCCACGACUCUUGUUCCACUUUCGCAGAGCACCGGCACCUCUCCGCCAAAACCCAGCUGCAUUGAAACGGCUGGAGCAUGCCGUGGAAGAUCAGAUUUACUUCAUAUUGAGAAAAGCGAGAAUUAUUACGAAUGUAUGUGCAAAAUCCCUAUUUGCAAUUCCGAAAAAUGAAGAAUUCGUGUACAUUAGUGCUGAAGAGAACAAUGGCAACGCCCGCGAUAUGAGCUCGUUGGUUCGCGGCCUGGUGCAGCUGUGUUCCGGAAUCGAACCCGAGACUACAGCACGCCAGAGUUUCCGCCAGUUCCUACAGACACAUUUAGAUCUAGCUUUCGGAGAGGGCUUUGAUGAUAAUGUCGGGAAGUAUGCUAUGAGCACGUCAUUUUUUGAGCUGCCUAAUGUCAGUAGCUGGUGCGCCGCGGCUCGAGCUCUCGUGCCCGUGUACUUGAAGGAUUCUGCACAGCUGGAGAAUGAGAUAGAUGUGGGAGGAGCUCUGUUCGACGCCCUGGCCACCGAUGUCAGAUUCUCACAGGCCCGGUGCGCCAAAGUGCUGCCGAUAGCUCAGGCUUCGUAUGCUGAGGGUCUACCUUCUCAUUACUCAAGUCAACAUCAUGCACAUAAAGUGAGCGUGGCCCUGGGGGUGGUGGAGGCCAUGGCGCGAGGUCCCCUUGCGGGCGGGGCGCGCGCUCGUCUGCGGGCGGCCUGCGCCGCCACCUGGCGCACCCGCCGCCUGUGUGAGGCGCCUUCGCUCACGUCUCACCCCUGCGUCAACCCUGAACACGACGGCAGCAAGGAGCACUCGUCGGGCGUGCGCUACGUGAGCGCGUGCAACUGCGGGCGCAGCAAGUGCUCGCGGGACGACCCGUACUCCGUGCGCGCGGCCAACUGCGCCUUCUACUCGCUGGCGGCCGACGAGUGCGGCGUGUGUCCCACGCUGACCGCCAUCGCCUUCCCGGUGUUCCAGCCGUCCACGCCCACCUUCCGAGCAGCAUCAGUUAAAGGCUCUGCAGAAGAGAAUCAAGAUCAAGAGCGUUGCGAGGGAUCCGUGGAGUCUGCUGGAUCUCCAGCCAGGUCCGGCGGAUGGUCUCCCCACGAUGAGCUGUCGCCAGGGUCUGAGAAGGAGGAUACACAAGAGUUAGGGGAAGCUAUUGAUGUCGUUCCAGUGAGCGAAGAAAUAACAUCAGCAAAGGAAAGCACACUGAGCCGACAGCCGUCAACCACGGAGUACCUCCCUGGCAUGCUGCACCUGGACAGCCCGGCCCACCUGCUGCCAGCCUUCCCGAGCUGGUCGCUCGUGUGCCUGGGCCCCUCGUCUCUGUACUCCCACUCGAUGGGUCUGCCCGAGCACCUGCAGCCCGGCUUCCUGCCCCACACCAACUAUCUGCUACCCUGGGACUGCUCCCUGCGAAUCAUGGAGUCGAGCAGUAACGUGUGGCGAGGCAGCGCCCGCGGCAGGGUCCGGCCAGGCUCCACCAUCACUGUCAAGAUAUUCAUUGGCUUCGAGUACGAAUGUCCUCGAGGACACAGGUUCAUGAUGUCGUCCCCCGACACGGUGAUGAACGGCGGCAGCGGCUGGGGUCGCGAGGGCUCGGGCGCGAAGCUGGCCCUCAGUGAGAUGCCGCUGUACUGGGCGUGCCUGUGUCGCCCCAGCGCCAUGUUGGCGCAGCUCACCCGGCUGCACGUCGUCACGCCCAAGACCAACGUCAACGUGACGCUCGAGCCCAGGGUACAACCGGUUCCCGGAGGUCCCGUAUUCAUCCCCCAGAGCUCCGAGGAGGGUCCCAUCAAGCUGACGGCCUCCACGUACUGGAUCCUCCGGCUGCCCUACAUAUAUGCGGACGAGCGAGGACCCAUACAGAGGCCUAGGACUUCGCCCGCCCCUGGAUCCAUACUGCCGCCAAUUUUUGGACUACAGGAAUGACAUGCGAUCGACGAUGAUGCUCUGAUCUGAUUUUGAGCAAAUAAAAAUCGUCAGGUGGUACUUUUGCCACAAGCAUAGGUAGGCCAUGGGUUCUGUACCCGUUGGGGUAUAAUACCUAUGUGAUCGUCUUACCUUGUAUUUUUUCCUAAAAAAAAGCAGAGGUUUGAGUCUUACUUCACUGUGGUCCAUACUAAAGACUUGGAAUAUUAAAAAAAGUGUGUGUGUACUUAUGUAUGCACGCAAAAAGUUGUACUUCUUUGGCCUAACGAAGCAAAAAUCAUUAAAACGAUUUAUUCCUCGUGCUAUUCUAUGUUUUUAGAAAGUACAAUUUUGUAAAAAUCUUGCAAAGAUUGCUUUGACAAUUAAUAAUUAAAUUAUGAAUACGGCUGGACGGGCUUCAAUCCUUUGCCUGUCCUAAUAAUGGACGAAGAAACCAAAAAAAAAAAAUAAAAACCAAUAUCGCAACCGUCAGAAAAUUUUAGGAACCAACUUCACCACGUUACUUUUGUGUUACAGUGAUGGACGCGCAUCUUAUAAUUUCACUCUCAUCAUUUUUUCAUAACGCGCCUAAAGAAGUAUAACUUCAAAAAUCAAUUAAAUGAUAUGAUAUUUUAUGCUCGUAUCUCGCCCCGACUUCGUAAGGCUGCUCUUUUUAACAGCAGAUAUCGUUGCAAACCAGCAUUGACUACAAAGUACCAACUUUUACAUUAUUGUGAUAAUAUUAUACAAUUUACUAGGAUUAUAAUUUUUAUAUUUAUUAUCAAGUCAAGUAGUUUUUGAGAUAUUCAUUUCAAGCAAAAAUAUAACUCAUUCCGCAAUAAUAAUAGGUAAAUUAAUAUAGUACUCUAAUAUAUAGUAAUAUAAUAGUAAUAUAUAUAGUACUCUUUGAUUGACAUUGAAUAAAGGCAUAAAAGGCAUUUAUUUUCUCAAAAUUAAUUCCUUAAGAAUUCUUUUUGAUGUCAUUUCCAAUAUACUAGAUACUACCACCUCUAUGGAAACAAAUGGCGCUCUGAGAGAGAAGAAGCGGCACAAAUAACUCACACAGCAUUUUUUUGCGCCCUUUUUAAUCAAACCUACAAUAUUGUACUGUCAUUGUUCUCACGAAGCCUACUAGAAGUAGAAGAAUACUAUGUUACUUAAGAAGAGUUAUUAGUCUUUGGCCAUUCUUUCGAUUGGCAUCAUAAGAGUAGGGGUGUUUUUUUUUUACAUUUAAGUCGGUUCGAUUCCCAGACGAGGCAAGUAAUUUUUAGAAAAUCUUUGAAUGCAGAAUACUAACUUUUAAAAAUAACAUAAAGUCUUCUUUCAGUAAAAUAGCCUAUCUUCGAUAUUUAAGGUACUUUCCCUUCAUGUCCCAUAACUUUGGGACACCCUGUAUACUUUGCUAUCAAUACUAUCACAGACCCUAAAUGGGCUUUAGCGUCACAUUUAUUAAACAAAUAAAUAGUAUGGUUUACCUGUGCUGCGUUGUAAAGCAUAAUGAUUUUUUGGUAUUAUAUGUCCUAUAGGAUUCGGUUUACCUGGAAAGUGAUAAAAUGUUAUAAUGAAAUGACCAAGUCUUUUCAUUAGGUAGACUAACUCGUCCCUGAAAAGUGCGAAGUCCUGAGUCAGUACGAACAACUAACUGUUGUUUAUCAAUGGGAGGCUUCUUAACACAGGAUGUCGUCAAGUAGUAUAUACAAGCAUUGUUAACUGUUUCUUUGUGAAGGGUAGCUCACUAGCUACUACCCAUGAGACUUGAUGAGGACAAUCACAGUGUCGCUCAGAUGGAUUUUUCAAGAAUUAUGAGCGAUUUCCUUAAAAAAAAACUAUGUUUCAAAAUAUUUGUGUAAAAAACAACCGACUUCAAAAAAGUAAAAAAAUAUUAAUUAUGUAUUCUUCUACAACUACGUUAUCAACUAUUUUUAGAAUUCUCCUAAGUAAAAUGGAAUGAAAAAUAUUAGAUAACUUAAAAGUCACUCACAUUAUUACGAGAAUAUAAUCUAGAAACAAUUAUUGUUAUUUUUGGAUGAAAUGCUUUAAAAUAAAAAAGAAUCAUCAACAUCGGUUCAGCCAGUUGAAAGUUUUGAGGUUACCAACAUAAUAACAGUCUAACUGAGAAUCUCCUUCAUUUUUGAAGUGGGCUAAAAAUAUUUUAUAUUUAUUUCGGCCAUCUUGGAAUUCGCCAUCUUGAUUCUUAUGUUUUUAUAGUGGCAAUACUGACAAACUUUCAGCUGUUAACUAUUGCGAUUUCUGAGAUACGGACUCGAGUUUCCGUCGGUUAACCUUUAUGUAAGAAACCUAAAAAAGGGUGUUACUUUUCCUUUUAUAAGUACGAACAACUAACAAUAACUAUGUAAUUAAUUAUUUAUAUUAUGGUCUGUAAAUAAAAGUUGCUACAUAAAAA